GAGAGAGAGAGAGAGAGAGAGAGAUAAAACAAAAAAAUUCAGCCAACCGCGAAGAUCUUCUUGCUCUUCUCACGCCUGUGCGUAAAAAGCUUCGAGCCUGGCCAUGGUGGUUGGAUAGCCAGAGAGGAGCCAGAGGAGGAAGUUGGAAGGAGGGACCAGUGCAGUGCAGUGCAGUGGCGUGGUGUGUGUGUGUGCAGGGAGAGGAGUUUACUGUGGAGCUUUCCCAGCUCUGUGGAAUCGCAAGGAUCUCCUCUGUCCUUGGCUUCUGUACCCAAAACGCAGGAAUGCGCGCAAAGGGACGCGAUCCUCCGGCGGUGCUGCGUCCUGGCUCGGACACGGGCUUUUAAACACGUUGUCGUCGGAACAAAGUUGAACACCUCUGCUGUCAAUGUCAGCACAGGUAGUGAAGAGGAUCCCGGAAGAAGAACACGCCGUCAGGCAGGUUACCAGGUUGUUUGCAUAGCCUGGACCUUCUUUUUCUUUUUUUGAUAUCCCCAAAGCCGAUGGACUUGCUUCCUCAUCCAGAAAGUAGUUCCAAUCUUUUAUAAGUCACUGACUCUUGUUAUUGAAAGAACAACGGCGGCAACAAGAUGAAGGAGCCGAGGAAGAAGAAGCUGUACGUGCUGAUGGACGUGCUGUGCGUUGUCGUUGCUGCACUGCCCUUCAUCGUAAUGACCAUCGUGUUCAAGCCAUAUCAAAGGGGCGUCUACUGUGACGAUGAGAGCAUCAUGUACCCCCUCAAGUCAGACACCAUCACCCAUGGCAUGCUGGCGGCCGUCACCAUCUCCUGCACGGUCGUCAUUAUCUCCACAGGCGAGGCUUAUCUGGUUUACAGCAAGAGGAUUUACUCCAAUUCUGACUUCAACCAAUAUGUGGCUGCGCUCUACAAAGUAGUGGGCACCUUCCUGUUCGGAGCAGCUGUCAGCCAGUCGCUGACCGACCUUGCCAAGUUCACCAUCGGCCGCCCGAGGCCCAACUUCAUGGCUGUAUGUGCCCCCAAGGUCUGUACGGGAUACAUGCAGGUGAUCAACUGCACCGGCAAACCACAAGACGUCACAGAGUCCAGAUUGUCCUUCUACUCUGGUCACUCCUCCUUUGGAAUGUAUUGUAUGCUUUUCCUCGCACUCUACGUGCAGGCGAGACUGGUGGCCAAGUGGGCCAGACUUCUCCGGCCCACCAUCCAGUUCUUCCUGGUAGCCUUCGCCGUGUAUGUGGGCUACACCCGGGUCUCUGACUACAAGCACCACUGGAGCGACGUGCUGGUGGGGCUGCUGCAGGGAGCGCUCGUGGCCGUGCUCAACGUGCGCUUUGUGUCCGACUUCUUCAAGAAGCGUCCCCCGCGUUGCACGAGGCAAAGCACAGCUGACAGCGAAGAGCCAGAGAGGAAGCCCAGCCUGCAGAUCGCAGACUCGGAGCACACCAACCAUAACAACUAUCACAACCCUGGCCCUGUGUGAUAGCGGGGGACGACGCUGGGGAAGGAAAGGCUGCAGGCUGCAGACCCCAAACCUGUGUGGGGCCGGGGUCCAACCCUGGGGCUUCAGCCGCCUUUGUGCGGUUGGCAGCGUCUAUGUUUAGGGAAUAACCUGAGUCAUGCGCAGUCUUGGCUCUGUAGGCUGCUCACUGCAGACAGAAAAUACCUAGACUAUGAAAUGUUCCAUUUUUGCUACACCAGUUCCAGUCUGCAGCCAUUUCUGUUUGAAAGGAGUCAAGUUAGGGGUCUGGUCUGUAGCUUGCAGCCUUCAAGCCCCCAGCUCUCCCCCUUUGUGUCAACCACUCACACCCCACCUGCGGCCCAACCACUGGACUGACCGAGGGGGCUGCGUCCCGUCGCCAGGUCUCUGAGCCCCCUCUCAAAGACGCCAUGAUGACCUCCUUCUCUCCUGUAAGAGAGAGAGGGGCUUUUUUCUUUUGUUUUUGUGAGACAUCGUCGUUGAUGUUCAAGUGUAUUUGCUUAAAGCUGCACUAAGGGGGAAAACCUCCAGACGUACAGCAACGAAGCUAUGAUGUAUUGUCGCCCUAUCAAGUGCUUGUGGCUAACGUCACACGGCAGACGCAGAGAAACACAGGCCUGCCAAUCACAGCCCUUCCCUGGCGGACAUUCACGUUGUGUUUAUGCAUGUAUUGGCCCACCAACAGACAAGUUUCACUUACUUACCAGCCACUUGUUGGAUUAAAGUCGACGUAUUGCAGGACGUACCUGGCGAGCGGUCUGAUUUCUAAGGCUGCAUUUGCAGGAAACAGCUACAGUUUUAUGUAAAAUGUCAGUAAGAGCAGUUGGGAUCUGGAAGUGCCGGACAAACUGCAUUGAUCUGGGAUGGAAAGAUCUGGGUGUAGUCACAGCAGGAUUGGCAGUACUAGCAACCCCCUUUUUGUUAUUUUUUGUUGUUUUGUUUUUCACAUUAAUAUCAAAUAUAUCGCCUAAAUGUGUUUUGUAUGUUUUUGAUUUCCGUACGUAGAUGCAUUCGUUUUUUGAGAGCACCUUAACCUGGUUACACACCAGAAAAUUGUUGGGGGGUAAAAAAAAAAGUUCACAGUGGAUGAGCUGAUAUUCUCCAAAGUGUCAGCUGCAGGCCAUUACUAUAACAAACAAAAGGUUUUAUAGUGACUAUGCAGCUUUGUUGCUCUGAGCGAUUCAUUAUUUGGAUCAAAUCUUAUUCACUUUGCCAGGUUAUCUACUCCACGCCGUUAUUCUCUCCUUUUUAAAACACAAUCUUUUUACAUUAGACUGGGACAGAAUCACCCUCAACAGUAGUGAUGCGUUUCUAAAAUGUAUAAUUUUCAUUGUAGAGUUUGUGAUUGAUUCAUAUUCCCCUGUGUGAUGGACUGCAAAGGUGGAAACCAUUGAUGCAGUUGACUUUUAAGUUUUGCUGAGCUGUUUACGCAUCAUACCACUACUACCAUGUUGCCAAUUAAAUAUGAACUAAUUUGGUCUUCAUUUUGUUCUUUUGUUUAGUUUUUCCUCUGUCUUAGUGUGUUUUUAUAUAAUUUCUCAAAUAAAAGUAAUCAAAGAAGAAGGAGAUGGCCAUUUUGAAAAUGGUAUUUAAUUUAUUUUAAAUACAAGAAGUUCUUUAUUAACUUUAAUAAGGUUGGAAUUGCCAGCGCUGUUAAGGUUUUUGUGCAAUCACCCCUGCUUGCCACUAUGAGCCACAAAUACUGUACCAUGUAAUAUCUACUAAUUCUAUGAGACAUGUUUCAUGUUCUGUGAAGGAUGUAUAUACGCUUGUAUGCUUUUCUUUUUUUUGCUCCUUUUUUUUCACAUGUAGGUUGGUUUUGAAUUCACCUGUGCAGUGUGCCUUCACAGACUGGUCCCUAUUGGAGUUUCCACACAAAUGGAUCCAAUUCCGGGUCCAAACAUGUGCCAGAUGCCUUGGCAGGGCUUUUACGGGGCUGUUGUAAUGAUAAUGGGUUACAUGCACGACUGUGUUUUUUGAAGUUGGUAACACGGCUCCAUUCCCACUUCAAAGAAUCGCCCACGUUCCCUUUCCCCUUCCUGUGUUGAUAGAUCUUGAAUGAGGUCUCCUCCUCAGUCUCUGUACAGCAUGCAGAACCCCGGACGGCCCGACAACAGAUCAGACACACCUCACGUUUGACGGAGGGGAGAAGACGGAGGGACUCUCACCUGGUGGUGACUGUGAGGUUGUGUCUAGGGAGAGGCGGGGUAUACUUUAGGAGUUGGGGUGUGGGGAAUCCUAUGGUAAACCUUGGUCCUUUGGGACGGCUCCACAUUUAAAACGCAGAUUUACAACAAGCAGCAGCUGGAACUGGUUGAGGUGAAGUGCUGUGCGAGCCCCCCUUCUCGCUCCCUACAUCUAAAUCAUCCGCAGCCCGGCUAAUAGCCCAAAUGAGGAUGAGGAUGUAGAAACGUCAUGGCAUUUAAUUCCCCCUUUAGUUUUGUGGAACCUAAGGUUCUCAGCUGGUAAUGUGGCUGCAUGUGUUUUGACAUUAUACUGGAUCAGGGCUUUAGAAUGGGCACUGGUCGACCAAGUCAGCUUGUAGCUAUGGUUCAUGUUGUGCCUUUGUGUGUGUAGAUUAUAUCUAUAGUCUUUAAAUCAGAGAAUUUUAAAUAAAGAUAUAAUCCGCA